AAAAAAAAAGUGUCAUUUUGCAAAACUCCAAUUUUUAUGGUUUUCUAGCUACUGAUCGCGGAUGUAUUUGAUCAACUACAAAUUUAUGAAGGCGGCGCCAGCAGGAGAAAGAGCUGGAAUCUAAGCAAGAGCCGAUCAGAGUUGGGUAAAACGAAUGAAAGAAGAUCCAGAAUGGGACAUAUACGAAAAGCUUACCAACAAGGUGAGCCGCCCGGCGCCCCAACUACAAGAGGAACAUAAAGAAUUUCUGAUCAACUUUUUCGACGAGCAGCCCCAAACGACUAGAGAAGACGCCGUGGCGAGCCUGACCGCAGCAUUCGAAGGUUUUACCCUGAGAAGUUCAUGGGUUGGCACGUUUACCAAGAACGAUUGCAACUUGACAGUGAAGCGGAUAACUCGUCAUCUUGUGUGUGGUAUUCUUGACCAAGAUUUUACUGCUGUAUUUAUACCAAAGGACAACCGAGAAUGA